GCAUCUGCUGCCUUCUCUGCUCUUCCUGGAACCUGCUUGGCUUCCCAAUCCACAGUUUCUUGGGUUUUCUCUACUUGUGUUGCCAGUGACAGAAGUCUCAGCUGGGUACACAGGGUGGGUCAGGGUUGGUGGCUCUCAUCUACUCCCCUACAUUAUCAGCUCCUCCAGAGAGCAACAGUUCCCAGUCUUUGGGAAGAGGCAGAGGCUCUGGGCUCUGUGCUGGCCUAGGAAGCUCUGUUCCUUCUUGGUUGCUAGGUGUUGGUGAGGUCACGUGUAAGCAGUUCUGAUUCUCUUGUCUUUUCUCAGAAGCUAGUACAGGACCGUGCAGGAGUUUUUUUUGUUUUGUUUUGUUUUGUGGGGUGGAGGGGUUUCCAUUUGUUUAUUGAUCUCCUCCUCAUUACUCCAGAGAGGAUUCAAGGUGGGAGGGGGCUUCAGCAUCACCCACCCUCCCAGUUGGCAGGGAUCCUCAGAGCAUGUGCAGUAAGGCACGGUCACUGUAUUCUGGGAAGCUAUGAACUGAAGGCUGUGAGCUCUGGGUCCCCAGCCUCGCAGUCAAAGUACUGGUGCAGUAGCUGCUUUCGUAAGCCUGAGUGAGGGCUUGAAGAUACUGGAAAUCUAUCUGGCUCCAAAUUCCUAUGCUAGCCAGAGGAUGAAUAACGAGCAGGCAUGAGAGGUUGAGGCAUUCAGCUUCCCCUGCAAAUCUUGGUAUAGAUCACGUCCUUCUCUAUAGGUUGGAACCACAGAGCACAAUGAGUACGAGAAAGCGUCGUGGAGGAACAGUAAAUUCUAGACAAGCCCAGAAGCGAACUCGAGAAGCGUCCUCCCCCCCUGAGAUGGCCCUGGAGGCAGAACCCAUAGAACUUGUGGAGAGCGCUGGAGAUGAAAUAGUGGACCUCACCUGUGAAUCUUUAGAGCCUGUGGUCGUCGACCUGACUCACAGCGACUCUGUCGUGAUUGUUGAAGAAAGGAGGCGGCCGAGGAGGAACGCCAGGAGGCUGCGGCAGGAGCACGCCGAUAGCUGUGUGCUAAGCAGUGAUGACGAGGAGCUGCCCAGGGACAGGGACGUGUAUGUGACCACCCACACCCCCAGGAACGCCCGGGAGGAGGCCGCUACCGGACUCAGGCCCUCUGGUACUGUCAGUUGUCCCAUCUGCAUGGACGGGUACUCGGAGAUUGUGCAGAAUGGACGUCUCAUUGUUUCUACAGAAUGUGGCCACGUCUUCUGUAGCCAGUGCCUCCGUGAUUCCCUUAAGAAUGCUAACACUUGCCCAACUUGCAGGAAAAAGAUCAACCACAAACGGUACCACCCCAUUUAUAUAUGAAGUGUUGAGCUGCUCAGGAGAGACGGAUGGACAGACAGAGCCUGGCUGGGUUCUCUACGGCCUCACGUGGGCUAUCUGCCGCCACUUUCUUGAGCUCAGAAAGACUGUUUCAGAAUCAACGUCUGUAAAGUAAACUGCUCUCUUGUUUCCAACCCCGUCUUUGACCCCUUUGUUACCUCUAGUUUGAUGCUGAGGAGCUGGACCCAGGGCCCCCCAGGCCAGGGUCUACAUCUGCUUCUUCGGGUAGUCUGGUUCCAGCGUAGGAGAGAGGGAGUCAGGCACAUUGGAGUUGAGAAUCGUGGUUCCAGCCUCUUUCCGGAACCUGCACGUUUGCCAAGAAGUUUUCCCCAUUUGGAAAGUUUGUCCCAGCUUCCUACUGGCAGUGUGUCGAGGGCUGGCCCCGGUCGGAGAGCAAACAGGUCCGCCCAGCUCUCCUGGGCACGCUACCUCCUCCCAGGCAUCUGCCCACCACAGUGACCAAGCCAGACAAGGUCCAUCUGGCCUGAGGAUCCCAGGUGCAAGCAUGGCCCCGGAAAGACCAACCACUGGACUUUUUUUUUCUUCCCUUUGAGUUUCAAAGGUCACCCGUGAUUCCGCCUGCAUUGAUGUCGGGUUCCUGCAGAUCACAAGGACCUCUGCAGGGCAAUCCCCAGUCUUCUAAGAACGAAAUGUGCAAUAAAGCCUGUUCUUUGCCUACUUUUCAGCAGCCCAGGAGAUGUAGCACUAUUAGUGUCCUUCAGAGGCCUCAUGUCGCCUACGGAGCAGUGCCUGUCUUGCCCCGUCUGGUUCACCACCUGUUCUCAGGAACUUUACCCAUGCCCGAGUUCACCUGGCGCAGGCCGUGCAAGGUCAAUGGGGCAGGCACGUCGUCGAGUAUCCUCUCUGUUUUCUGAUAAAAAUCCAUCUUGUGUUUACCACGUGCCCUCCGGUCCUCAGUUCCCACUGCCUAAUGUCUACUCAAGCAUAGACCCUGGGCGGUGGUGGCAGUAAUUGUGGCCUUAUUAGCCGCCCGUGUCCAUGCUGUUGCCCAAGUCACAGCCGACCUGCGUUUAAAAGACCUCGGCUCUCCAGACUUGAGCUGGGCAACCCCACCCCUGCAACUGACAUCCAUUUCCGAAGCUGCUCUUCUGGCCACUGGGCUUUGAUCCUUCGGGCUUUGAUUGCUCCUUAGGUUUUGGUUGGCAAAGUACGGUGGCCUCUCCCUGCCAGGGGCCCAGAUAACACCCUCUGCUCGACUCCACGUGGGUAAAAGCCUCUGGUCUCAAGGAGGCGGAAGGUGGCCCGAGCUGACCUGAGCUGCCCCCCGCUGCACAGGGCUUGCCUCCACCUCUGUACCCCUCCUUCCUCCGAGGCCUUCAAGCCAAACCAACAGCCUUUUCGUGUGAAACAUCUUCGAGGUGGAAAAGGGGCCGCCUCUGGCGUUGCUAGCAAUAACUGACCUUCAGUUUCUCCUUCUGGAGGAGCAGGGACUGAGCACAGAAUUCACUUUAAAUGGGGCUGAAGGAGUAUCCCUCCUCUGUGUGAAAAGAAAAUUGUUUCAUUCUUCAUUCUGACUUUUUAACUGUUUGGCUCACUGCCAGUUCGUUUGAGGAAAGUACUGUUUUCUACUUGGGAGUCGAGGAGGGCAGGACAUCAGUUCUCAUCUGCGUGCUGUGCAGCGUGUCUGCCCUUCGGUUGGACGUCAUUGCCAUUGAGUUCCUUCUGGGCUUCAUGGAAUGCUCUUUCUUUAUGUUCUAACAAUACCCAGACUUCAGGAGCCAAGACAACCGUGCAGCCAAAAUUUCUUACGUUUUAUGCUUAAGGACAAAUGGUUGAUCAUAAAAGUUGUAUUCCUUCAUACUAACUUAAGUUGGAAAAAAACGUUUAGUUUCUACUAUUCAGAAGUUGCAAAACAGGAAAAGGUUGAUACGAAAAAUCCUUUCCCUCCCUCCGUGUACAUAGUUCAAAUCUUUCUUUGUUACGUUUAAACUAUAUCCAUGUAUGUCAGUCUGUUUUGGACUCCUCUGCUAGUGUUACAGGUGGAAAUAAACCAUCAAUUUGAACCAGG